AUGCCAGAUUAUUUCCCUGAGUUCAUGCGGCGAAUCAGUCUAAAUCCGAGUCUGAGUUUCUUGAUGGUAUCGACGUAUGAUACGCCAGAAUUCUGUCCUCGACGGGGCCAGUCCGUUUAUUUCCAAGACACACGGCAUCGCGUUUAUUGUGCAGAGAUGGAAGAUAUCAUCCACGACGCGGCGCACGCAAUGUGCAGAGACUGGGAAUGCAGCGACAGAGAUGAAUUUUAUCGUGUUCGACGUCACCUCGCCGACUAUGUACAAAUUGAUGGUCAGGCAUGGAACAAUCUCAAGCCUUUAUAUCCGAUUUUGUUCGGCCACCUGUUUAGGUCGCACUUUGAGCAGCACUUUUCGCACUGGUUUCGAAUUGAUCUGGACGUCUUUCUCGGGCGCUGGGACCUGUUAUUUCCCAAAAGCGCGUUGGCGUACGAUGUCAUCACGUUUUCAUCCGGUGGGCAAGCUAGCUGGACGCACAUUUGGUUGAAGGGCUACCUCACUGGCUUCCGGAAUGAGCCUCGUGUUGCCCGGCAAUGGCUUCGAAUGCACAUGUUUGCAAAUCCUGAUCGAUUCUGUCGGGCUUUCAACAGGCACACCUUUGAUCGUAUUCAGCGGCAAGGUGCUGCGGCAGACGAGGGUGCACAAACAAUAGCCUUUAUGCGAGAUGCGCCAUUAUCGGAUGAUCUUAGCUGGGUCGUUCUACCUGGACUUCUCGCCGUUGAUCUAGACUUGGAGGCGGAUCCGAGUGCAAUUGCCUUGGCCCACUUGGACAUCCUCAGAGUUCCUGCAAGGUCUACAAGGAAGACUAUCGAAGCGCUCACACUAUUACCUGCAUUCUCCGAUGAGCCUGGUGUACGUGUUGGCAUGGGCCAGCAGCUUCAGCUCACUCAAAAGUGUCAGAUGUCGUGGCUGGCCCCUCAAGACCGGUUGUGCAUCAAGAGGCCACCCAAGCACACUGCAAUCAGUCGCAUUCUCGACGCAGGCUUACAAGUACAAAUUGCAAGAGAUCGUCGAAGCGGAUCAACGCCGAGCGAAAUUACUGCCUCAGUCUUUCCAAGUCGUGGUCUUGGGUAUGGCACGCACAUCUUGGCCUACCAUUUUCAAGCCUCGAAGAACCAAGGCUUGAAUUAUGGCCAACAGCAGGCUACAGACGAGAUCCUUGUGGUUGGCAAGACUUUUGCGAGUCAGAGAUGGUGGCUGGACCAUGUAGAUGCGCAUGGAAGACGUCUUCGCAGGUACGGGGAUUCUGUUGCUCCCUUGACGGAGCUGCGUGACUGA